GUGUGUGAGUGGGAGAUGGGAGCGGAUGCACCUGACCUAAGGAUCACACGGGCAGCUCACUUGUAGGGGAUUUGAAACAAAUGCAGUUAAGAUGCCCUCUCUGAAGACGGUCAAGCUGGUCGGGUAUGAAGUGCUGCAGUUCGCCUGUCUAUGUGUGCCCAUCUUUGUUGUUCUGGAGCGUUUUGCCUCCCUAAUGCGGUUCGUGAGAUCCAAUGACACCACGGCCUACUGGCUGGUGGUGGCAGUGUCCGUAGCGUAUGUGACCACUGUGACCCUGUUUGUGUGGGUGCCAGUCAAGUUCUUCAUCCUGAAGUCCAGAGGCUUCUUCACAGAUAUUACGAACUGGAGACCUGUGACACUCACCUAUGUGCUUCUCAGCACGCUACCAUGUUUUGCCAUUCUUCUGACCAGCUCGAAGGUUCAGGUGGACACAAGGAUUUUCUAUGACGUCUUCACUGAGCUCCCUGUCUCACUGGUACUGUUCGCUCUCAUCUGUGUGGACAUCGUGGAGAGGAUUCGUCCAUAUCACCUCAAAGGACAAGCUGAUGGUUUAGAGUCGGACUUUGACUUGCCUGGGCCUGUGCUGACUCAUCUGGAGCAGGUGUCCUCUGUGUCUGCACAACUUCAGCAGGCUAAUGGAGGCGAGAAUGGCUCAGCACUGAGUCCGGAGGUCAGGUGUGGGUCAGUGUCAGGACGCUGCAGAGGUGUGGAUGGAUACAGCGCGUCCCACUCAUCAAGCACGGCCUAUCUGUACUCCCACUCUCACUUUGGCUCUCAUCGGAUCUUCUGGGCCAGAGACCCUCGGCACGAGCUCUUUCUGGACAUCUUCAUGUUCUGGAUGGACACAGUGGAGAUGGUCAGGGUGGGUGGGAUAAGGGAAGUCUUCUACUCAGGCUGGAUCUUCCCUGUUUAUAUCCUGGCCUUUAUCUCUACACUGCGUGUGGUGGUAACUCCUAACAGUCCUCUGCUGGCUUCUUUGGGUGUCCUGUCUCAGGACCUGCCCUUCCUGGUUGUACGGAUCUGCCUGAUAGGGGUCUUUGGUUUCGUGACUCCGCUGCUAUACGUGAUGAAGAACCUGCUCAUCUGCCUGACGUUCGUGUACUUCUUGCUCAUGACCAAGUUGAAAGUGUUCAGCAGAGAGAGCAUGUUUUGAGGCCCUGGAGAGGCUUGAUUGACCAUUUUCCGACCUCUCUCUAGCUCUGUUUUAGCAUUAAACAAGCCGUAUUGGUAUCGCACCUGAAUGAAACAGUUGUGUGCAAAAGUUUGGGCACCUCUGGUACAUGAUUUUGCUGGCUGCAAAGUGAAAAUACGUGAAACAUCCUGUACAGAGAAACAUAUAUUGUGCACAUUUAAAUGCACAGUUACUGUUUAUUUGAUGAAUUUAAUGUA